GGUGCACAACUACAGAGCUCAGGACACUGCACACCAAACGAGGGCUCACUCUCUCUCCACCUGCUCUGUUCCACCUCCUGGUGUCAGAAGGCAGCAAAAAUGAAAAGCCUUUACUUUGUGGCUGGAUUGCUUGUAAUGCUGGCACAAGGCAGCUGGCAACGUUCCCUUCAGAACACAGAGGAGAAAUCCAGUUCAUUCCCAGCUCCCCAGACCGACCCACUAGGCGAUCCGGAUCAGAUGAGUGAAGACAAGCGCCACUCACAGGGCACAUUCACCAGUGACUACAGCAAGUACCUGGACUCCAGGCGUGCCCAGGAUUUCGUGCAGUGGCUGAUGAAUACCAAGAGAAACAAGAAUAACAUUGCCAAACGUCAUGAUGAAUUUGAGAGACAUGCUGAAGGGACCUUUACCAGUGAUGUAAGUUCUUAUUUGGAAGGCCAAGCUGCCAAGGAAUUCAUUGCUUGGCUGGUGAAAGGCCGAGGAAGGCGAGAUUUCCCAGAAGAAGUCAACAUCGUUGAAGAACUCCGCCGCAGACACGCGGAUGGCUCUUUCUCUGAUGAGAUGAACACCGUUCUCGAUAGUCUUGCUACCCGAGACUUUAUAAACUGGUUGCUUCAGACGAAAAUUACUGACAGGAAGUAAGUGUGUCAUUCAUUACUCAAGAUCAUCUUCACAAUAUCACCUGCCAGCCAUGUGGGAUGUUUAAAAUUUUAAGUUCUGUAAAUUUAACAGCUGUAUUCUAAAGCCAUAUUGCUUGCAUGCAAAUAAAUAAAUUUUCUUUUAAUAUUGUAUAACCAAAAGAUUAUAAAUUGAAUACACCAUUGUCAAAAUAGUGCUAAAAUAUCAGCUUUAAAAUAUAAUUCAGAAUUCUAUUUCUUUUCUUCUGCUAAUCUGCUUAGCAAUGAAAUUAUUUCUCUGUGAUAUAAUUUGUAUAUAUAAAUUACUCCAAUCACAACAUAUUUGCAUUCUAAUAAGAUAAGGGGGAGGACUGGUAGCCACAGUUGUGAGAUGGGAAAGAGAAUUUUCUUCUUGAAACUUUUGUCAUAAAAAUGCUCAGCUUUCAGUAUAUAAAAGAUAAACUAAAUAAAAAUUUCAAGCUUCUUCAUCAA